UACCCUUUACAAGCCCAAGUUCUGAAAGAGAGUUUUUGUUUUGUUUUGUUUUGAGUUUAUAAGAAUCUGCAAUGGCACCAAUUUUUUAUCAUGCAGUAUCGAGUCUUCUAUGUGCGGAAGAGAACGAUAGCGUUUUUGAUGAUAAUGAUUACUUUGGGGCAGCUUGGGACCAUAGAUAUUAUCGAAACUUGAAUCAAAACCGAGUCUUUAUUGGUGUUGCUGAAGAUGGGUUGCCAUUGCAGAGUGAAGAGUGCGUGGCUUCGAUGGUGGAGAAAGAACAUCAGCAUUUGCCUGCUGCUGAUUACUUGAACAGGCUAAAAGCUGGAGAUUUGGACUUUGAAGCUAGAAAAGAUUCUGUUCAUUUCAUUGGGAUGGUUAAUUCCCAUUUCGGUUUUGGACCUCUUUGUGAGUACUUGUCAAUAAACUACUUAGACAGAUUUCUCUCUGCAUAUGAAUUACCCAAGGGUAAAGCAUGGAUGAUGCAGUUACUCACUGUGGCAUGUUUAUCUCUUGCUGCCAAAAUGGAGGAGACUGAAGUUCCAUUGAUUGUAGAUUUACAGAUGGGGGAAUCUAAAUUUGUUUUUGAGGCUAAAACUAUACAAAGAAUGGAGCUUUUAGUGUUGAGCACUUUGAGUUGGAGAAUGCAAGCAAUCACUCCAUUUUCCUUCAUAGAUUAUUUCCUUUACAAACUCAAUGAUGAUAAAAUCCCAGUUAGAAGUUCAAUCUUGAGGUCAAUCCAACUCAUUUCAAGCACAAUAAAAGGGAUUGCUUUCUUGGAAUUCAAGUCUUCUGAGAUUGCAGCAGCAGUUGCAUUAUCUGUUGCUGUUGAAACAAUCAACACUCUGGACACUGAGAAAGCCAUUUCUAUUCUCUGUCACCAUGUACAAAAGGAGAGAGUGAUGAAGUGUGUUAAAUUGCUGCAUGAAGUGUCAUUGGUUAAAAUAGGCAAUGGAAGUUUGCCUCAGAGCCCAAUUGGGGUACUGGAUGCAGCGUGCUUCAGCUAUAAAACUGAGGACAGUGAGACAACAACAGUUGGAUCCUCUGCGAAUUCUUCACUUACAAGUCCUAGUACCAAAAGGAGAAAGCUAAAUAGACCCUGUGAAGUUGAGCUUUAAAACUAAUGAGAGAUCAAAAUGAGUGAUAUUCAUAAAAAAACUCAAAAAAGAAACCCCA